GGGCCUCGGCCGAGGGGGUUUGAGAGUGAAAGUCACACACAAGAACAAGAACAACAACAACAGAGCUCUCUCUCUCUCAUUUUUCCCAUUUCCUCCCUUAUUUAUUUUCUAUUUCAGGAUAAUAUAGAUUCUGAGAGAUCUAUGCAAAAAUAAAUAUUUCCUCUGUUUUCCUACGUUUCUGUAUGUAAUCAUCACUUGUUGAUUUCAAGAUGAUCACUACUGAUCACAACCAAAACAAGAAUAUCACUUUUAAUUUUAUCUCCUGUUUUCUUCUCAAAUCAAUAUUUCAGCUCACUUUUUCUCUCAUCAUCUUUCACUGCAGAUCUGAGCCCAAGUGAGAAAAAGAUGUCAAACAAAAAUUUCAACCAAAAAAGUGAUAUCAUUUUCCUUGAGGGAGGAUUGUUAGCUAGAUUAAUAGCUUUUCAAUCUGCUUAGAUCUGCUGAUCAUCGGUUUCAUUCAUGUAGAUUUUUCAGAUUCUUUUCUAGAGGUCUUGGCCUUGGCUUGGCUUGGCUUUGUGGGUCAAGUUUUGUUAGAUCCAGAACAUAGUAGAUCUUCCAGCAACAGCUCUCUCUCUCUCUCUCUCUCUUUUUAUACUGGGAACUGGGAACUGGGAACUGGGAACUGGGAACUGGGAAUUUUUGAGUGGUGAGUGAAUGUUAAAGAAAGAAGGAUGAAUUACUUCCCAGACGAGGUAAUAGAGCACAUCUUCGACUUCGUGACGAAGCAGCGGGACCGAAACGCUGUGUCGUUGGUGUGCAAAUCAUGGUAUAGAAUAGAGAGAUUUAGCAGGGAGAGAGUGGUCAUUGGGAAUUGCUAUGCGAUCAGUUCUGAGAGAGUGAUCGCACGCUUUCCGGGGCUCAAGUCCCUUACUUUGAAGGGAAAGCCUCACUUUGCUGACUUCAAUUUGGUCCCUCAUGGCUGGGGAGGCUCCGUUGACCCUUGGAUUGAAGCCCUGGCUGAGAGCCGUGUUGGCUUGGAGGAGCUCAGGCUCAAGAGAAUGGUGGUCUCCGAUGAAUGCCUUGACUUGCUUUCCAGGUCCUUUCUGAAUUUUAAGUCUUUGGUUCUUGUUAGCUGCGAAGGCUUUACCACUGAUGGCCUCGCUGCUAUAGCUGCCAAUUGUAGGUUUCUUAGGGAGCUGGAUCUGCAGGAAAAUGACAUUGAUGAUCAUAGAGGCCAUUGGCUUAGCUGCUUUCCCGAUAGCUGUACCUCUCUUGUAUCCCUUAAUUUCGCAUGCCUGAAAGGAGAAAUUAAUCUAGCUGCUCUUGUGAGACUUGUGGCUAGAUCUCCGAACCUCAAAGUCCUGAGAGUUAACCGUGCUGUCCCUCCUGACACCCUCCAAAAAGUAUUGAUGCAAGCACCUCAACUCGUUGAUUUGGGCACUGGGUCUUAUGUCCUAGAUCCCGACUCUGAAUCCUACAACAAACUGAAGGCUACAAUUCUUAAAUGUAAAUCAAUCAAGAGCUUGUCAGGGUUUUUAGAGGUUGCUCCUCGUUCCCUCCCAGCCUUUUACCCUAUAUGCUUGACCCUGACAUCCUUGAACCUUAGCUACGCUCCUGGAGUUCAUGGUAGUGAUCUCAUAAAGUUAAUUCGCCAGUGUGGGAGGCUUCAGCGUUUAUGGAUACUGGAUUGUAUCGGAGACAAAGGGCUAGCAGUUGUAGCAUCAACUUGUAAAGAAUUGCAGGAAUUGAGAGUUUUUCCCUCUGAUCCAUAUGGAGUUGGGCAUGCUGCUGUAACAGAAGAAGGCCUUGUUGCCAUAUCUGCUGGCUGCCCAAAGCUUCAUUCAUUGCUUUACUUCUGUCAGCAGAUGACCAAUGCUGCUCUCAUAACUGUUGCCAAGAACUGCCCUAAUUUCAUACGGUUCAGGUUGUGCAUCCUUGAUCCCACGAAACCUGACCCUGUCACUAUGCAGCCACUAGAUGAAGGUUUUGGGGCAAUUGUUCAGGCAUGCAAAAAGCUUAGGCGGUUGUCACUCUCUGGCCUUUUGACUGACCAAGUUUUCCUUUACAUUGGGAUGUAUGCUGAGCAGCUUGAAAUGCUUUCUAUUGCAUUUGCUGGGGACAGCGACAAAGGUAUGCUUUAUGUGUUGAACGGAUGCAAGAAACUGAGGAAGCUUGAGAUUAGGGACAGCCCCUUCGGUGACGGGGCACUUCUGAAGGACGUGGGAAAGUAUGAAACAAUGCGAUCCCUUUGGAUGUCGUCCUGUGAAGUUACCCUUGGAGGCUGCAAGACUCUUGCAAUGAACAUGCCGGGCCUUAAUGUGGAGAUCAUAAAUGAAAAUGAUCAGAUGGAAUUUAUUAUUGAUGAUGAGCAAAAGGUGGAGAAGAUGUACGUCUACCGCACAUUAGUAGGGCCGAGGGAGGAUAAGCCAGAGUUUGUGUGGACUCUGUAGCUGCAUCUCUUUUUUAUUUUUGGGGACUCAAUUAUUUCUUGUUAUAAAGCACUUUGGUUACUGAUUAGCGGAUCAUGAUCCGACUGUGAGUUAGUGUUAAGUUGUUUGAAUUUGGAUAUUGUAAUCUUUGCCGUUGAGAAUAGAUUUAAAUCAGCAUUCCACUAGA